GAAGAGCGAAUAGCCCUGGAAGAAUAUUCCAAGGACCUGUUCGGCACAGGGGAGGAUUUCCAGCUGCAGGGUUCUUCAGGGUCUCUGGGAAUCACCUCGUCAGAUGUCAUGGAUCAGCUUCGCUCAAUCAAAUUGGGUAAGGCAGUGACCCAAUUCGGAUUCGUGCCGGGCCGGGGGACGGAGGAAGCCAUCUGUAAGGCGCUGACUCACGUCGACGAGGCGUUCGACAUGGUAGACAGGCGCAGAUUACGCGAAGCGCUGGAGCUAGCAGAAGCGGACCCAUUCUUAAUCGACCUGGUAGGGAUCCUCACCAUGUAUGCGGAUGACACGCUCCUACAGAUGCACUUCGAUGACAAACGCCAGCUACAGGAGUCGCUGAAGUUAUGUGACCUGCUUUUGGACCAACUCGUGGAGCUAGGUAGGCUGAUCGCACUCAAACACCAGGUUCCCUAUUUAGGAAUCAUUAUUUCCUACCAGGAUUACGAGAUGAAGUCGCUUCGACAUCGUUUGCAGGCGAGUAAGGCUGCCCUCAAGGAAGUCGCGCACGCAGUCCGGAAUAGCCGAGCAAUCACUGAAAAGCGAAGACUGUCAAUCUGGCGCAUUACCGCCUGGGCGUCAGCCAUGUACGGUCUCCACGUGGUGAGCCUGACUUCACAGGGUCUGGCUCAGCUUGAGUCACACAUGAUCUUUCAGCUGCGCUUUGUCCUGCGGAGCUGCUCCCAAGACACGCACGAGAACAACCAGCAGUUCAUGCAACGUAAAGGCCUCAAGACGGCUAAGGCUCAGGUAUUGAAGCGUUUGCAACAGUUCAUCAAGCGCCAACACAAGGGAGACAAAGAAGCACUUCUGCAGCAUUACCUACCUAGAGCAGCACAGGCGCACUUAGGCGCCAUUCCCAAAAACAUCAUCCUGGAGCUCGCCUAUUUCCGAAAGGCAGAGGCCGAGGCCACCGUAACGGAACUCGACCAAGUUCACGAGCAAGUAAAAGCUGAAGCACUUCGGGAUCCGGGACAGGAGGCGUAUCGAACCAGCCAGUUAGCGCGCAUCACACCCGAGCACCAGGUCCUGGACUCAAUCACAAGAGGCUGGGCAUUCGAUGGCAACCAGCAGGACGCAGCAGAGUUUCUCAGUGUGAUACUUCCGAAUCUCUCAGGAAUACAGGUUUGUUGCUGGGAGACCCGGUCUCCCUUGGAGGCAGGCUAUGUGGUGGACGAGGAAGGGCUCAGCCCAAUCUUUCUGAAUGUGCCGAUAGCCGAGGACCUGCAAACUAUGAUAAACAGCUGGAGCAACCAGACGCCGGCUCGAGCCCUGGUAGCCGCCGAAAAGCUUGUCUUCCUAGCACUGCCGAGUCGAGGUACGCCGGAGAUGGCAAAAAUAGUAGCUCCAUUAGACUUCAGGAGACGCUUUUACUACCUGCCUUUGAAGGAGUGGGGUUAG